AUGUGCAAAUGUUAUUAUAACCAACAACCUGACUAUGCUGCUAGCGAAUAUUUCACAACAAAGAAACAAAGGUGUGGAAAAUUUUUUGUUUUACUUGCAAACAAUGAUACAAUGCUCCAUCUCCUAUCUGAACGUUUUUUCUCCAAUGUUAUUCUAAAAAUAUUAUUUUUUUUCGAAAUAUUAAUUUAUGAAACAAACAAACAAACAAUGGCUACUGCUCAUUUUUCCACCAAUAAAAAUGUUUACAGAAGCUUGUGUGCACGUGUAUUUUAG